GAAAUACUCAAUACCCCCGAUCCGACCCGUGCCCUUUCGGGACACAAAUACCACAUUCAUUACGCUUUACGACCUUCCCUCUGUGUCUCGCAUGUAGUUGUCCUUCCGUAUUUUGCAUGGAGAGAAAGGAGACGAGGGAAGCGGAGGAUGAUGGAAGCUCAAAAAGGCCUUCUCUUAAAACCCGCCAUCACUUCAAUAAUCACGACUUCUGGAAACACAAGCUCAGAGAGAACUGUUACAAAAGGGUCCGAGAGGAUCGAACCCGCUUGCUUUGGAAAUUGAGGUUGCCCUCUAACACUGCUUUUCAUUCUCUCAAUCACAGCCAGAACCAAACGGACUUAAUCAAAUCUACUUUUCAUGACAUAGUUUCUGAUGAACUCAAAAAGAUUAAGGACUCAUCAUUGAAUGGUUGUUUGAAGUUUCCAACUUCUUCCCCCGAGGCCAAUGAUGUGUUAUGGGAAUAUGAUGGCCUUCAUAAUGCUCAUGAAGGCGAAUGUGAAGAAAUAUUGUUAGAAAUGCAAAGGAUCUUUUAUGAGGAUCUUACGGCAGAACCAACUAGAAAAGAACCUGAUAGAUAUAUUGAAACAUGGGAAGAUGAAGAAGAUGAAUACUUGGCCCGUGCAGUUUAUGAGCAUAUGCAGCUCAACGAUGCGCAGGUAAGCGAGAAGAUUUGGUGCCCCAUAUGUAAGCAAGGAGAGUUGCUAGAGAAUUACUCUCUCAUAUAUUGCACUCUUUGUAAACUUCAACUCAACAAAGGCGAUGAGGUAAAUUUGGAUUUGUUGCGGAUUCGGCUAGCACAAGUGCACACAGAACAUCUUGAUCGUGGUUGCAGAUCGAAACCCAAGUUUUGCGUCGAGACAAGAUUUGAUUUAACUGCAUUGUACAUUUGUUGUAUGAGUUGCAAGAUAUUUGAGGUUGUAAUAUAGUAAUGGUAGUAUAUAUAUAUAUAUUCCAACUUGAUACUAAUUUGAAUAUAUUCUCAAGCCUUCUGUUCUUAUUUAGUUGUCUGUCCUAUCAUUUUGGUUAGCUUUGAUUGAUAGUUUUUCUCAUGGAAUGCUCUUCGUAAAAGGU